AUGCGCUUCUCCGCCGAAGGGAUUAACCAGCGCGUCGCGAAGAGUUUCGCAGGGAGAUGGUUCCGACUCGAGGGGAGCGGCCACGCUCUCGAGAGGCCUGGGUCGAAGUUCAUGACUGAGAUAAGGGCGGGUACUGUCACGGCUGCUGCCAUGCUCUACAUCAUCAGCGUCAACGCUUCCAUCCUCUCGGACACUGGUGGACCUUGUGUAUGCGCGAGUACCGCGGCCGACCCUAUCUGCGCUACCAACCUUGCCUAUACCCUGUGCAAGAAUGAGCUCAGGCGGGACUAUGUCGUCGCUACUUCGGCCAUCUCUCUGAUCGCCACCUUCACGAUGGGUCUCUUCGGGAAUCUGCCACUGGGUCUCGCCCCAGGUCUUGGAGUCAACGCGUACUUCGCCUAUAGUCAGGUCGGCUUCAACGGAACCGGUCCCAUCACCUAUGGCCAAGCCCUCGCUGCCGUCUUCCUCGAAGGCGUCAUCUUCUUCCUCCUCACCAUCUUUGGUCUUCGUCAAUGGCUCGCUCGCCUGAUGCCCCGGUCGAUCACCUCGGCCAUCGGUGUUGGUAUCGGUCUCUUCCUCACUAUCAUCGGUCUCUCCUCGAGCGGGCUGAACGUCAUCUCGGGCGGUAUCGCGACCCCACUCCAGCUCGCAGGCUGUCCGGCGCAGUACAAGGAUGCCGUGACUGGCUUCUGUGACAGUCAUGUUCUCCAGGAUCCCAAGGUGUGGGUCGGCGUGUUCGUCGGAGGUGUCUUCACGAUCUUCUUGAUGCUCUACCGAGUCAAGGGCGCUCUGCUCUGGCCUAUCCUCCUUGUCGCUAUCAUCUCUUGGCCUCGUACCACCGCCGUCACUGCGUUCCCCUACAACACUGUCGGCGACUCCAACUUCGACUUCUUCAAGAACGUCGUCUCGGCUCGCGGUUUCUCGCUGCUGGGUCCCGGAAAUAUCGACUGGAGCGCCUACAAGAGUGGAAAGGUCUGGAUUGCUUUGAUCUCCUUCCUCUACGUCGACCUGCUCGAUGCGACCGGAACGAUGGUGGCCAUGUCCAAGCAGGCUGGCCUUUUCGAUUCUCGAGACGGAGACUUUGAGGGCAGCUCGGUGGCCUUCCUCGUCGACUCGGCGUGCAUCUCCAUCUCUGGUCUCUUCUUUGGCACCUCUCCUUGUACUCCAUUUGUCGAAAGCGCGAGUGGUAUCGCCGAGGGUGGCCGGACGGGUCUUACUGCUAUCGCCACCAGUUUCUGGUUCUUCAUCUCGAUCUUCUUCGCGCCGCUGCUUAGCAACAUCCCUGCGUGGGCGACUGGGUCGGUCUUGAUUGUGGUGGGCGCAUUGAUGAUGGAGAAUGUGGUCAACGUCAACUGGGACUACCCAGGAGACGCAAUUCCCGCCUUCGUCGCCAUUGCUCUUAUCCCCUUCACCUACAACAUUGCAUACGGUAUCAUCGCCGGCCUCAUCAUCUUCAUCCUCAUCCACAACAUCCCCUCCCUUCUCGGCAAGAUCUCACCCCGCCUCCUCCCUCCAGGAUGGCAUGACCUCAAAGAGCCCUACGACGUCAAGGCCAUGGUCCGCCAGCAAGACACGCACGGUCACUCGUCCAAGUUCGUUGCCGUCCUUCCACCCUGGAUGCGCAAGCUCCUCACCGGCAACAAGCGCUUCUGGGCCUACACCCCCGAAGAGAUUGAGCGCCACCUCGAGGGCCGGCAGAUGACCCAAGCGUCAGGCGGGGCUGCGGCCGAGCUGAGGCAGCAUGAGCGUGAUCGGAUGCGCGAGAUGCUGGGUAUCGGGCUGGAGACGAGGGGCGUGCCAGAGGUGAACCCUCAUCCGCAUGAGAUGGGGUAUGAUGUCGAGACGGGGAACAGCAGUAGGGAGGGGAGCGGGAUUGAGGCUGCGGGAGAGUACGAGAUGAAGGGGAAGGGCGGGAACAGGGGUUUGAUGAACGGAGAGCGGUUCAAGUAG